AGGUCUUCGGUCUUCACCACGAGCUCUGGAGACACCGCCAUCACUGUCGAUGGCGACCAAGCCAACGAAGUUACUCAAGACGAGAUCUUUGAAAAUAUCAAGCUGCACAAAGAGGUAUUGAGUAACGUUAAGAUGCAGCCUUGGAACAUGCGCAAGAAAUUGAAGCUGGUGUUGCAAGCGAAGGCUUACAUUAAGAAACACGAGGGUCAGCUUCAAGAGAGACUGGCGCAGAGUCAUUCAACCAGGGAUAUGCUGGCCAGAUACAAUAUUGUCCUAAUCAAAAAGUGGCAGAUUUGGAAAAGGGAGCUUACCAAUAUGUCCAUGUGGUUUAUACCAUGGGAACUGAAGAUUAAAGAGAUAGAAUCUCAUUUUGGUUCUGUGGUAGCGUCGUAUUUUAUAUUCUUGCGUUGGUUGUUUUGGGUGAACAUUGUUAUAGCAGUCGUUAUAAUCUCUUUCGUUACUAUACCCGAGAACUAA